AUGAGCUUGAAAGAAGUAUUCGAACAACAUCCAUGGAGGUCAUUUAAGAAGUUCAAUGAAGCUGCAAAGAGUCGGGGAUUUACUAACAGAGCUGAAGUGAAAAGGUUCUUUGACAAAAAUGUUGUACAUCAAACAAAAAUAAACCCUUACGACUACUUUUUACCAAUUUACUCCAACACUCCUGACGCAUACCAAUUUGACACUCUCAUUCAAAGCAGAAAAGGAGGACAUAAACCAUUCCUCAUCUUCAUAAAUGUUAACACUCGUAAAGCUUUUGCGUAUAUAAUGAGAAAUAAAGGAACUCAUGAAGUGUUAAGAGUUUUACAAAAGUUUGUAGCAGAACAUAGCCCAAGUACUUUAACAUCAGACCAAGACAGUGCAUACCUCAGCAACGAAAUCACAGAAUUUCUCAUUAAGCAUAACAUAACUCACUACACUACUGAAGACCAUAACCAUAACAUACUCGGUAUCAUUAACCGCUUCAUAAGGACUCUCAGAGAUUUAAAUCAAGAGCGAGACUUUACCGAAGAAACAAUGAAACAUUUUCUCGAAGUAUAUAAUUCCUCAACACAUUCUACAACAGGACAUACACCAAAUUCAAUGACACAACAACAAGAAGAAAA